CAUGAUAGAGGCGUUCCAUCCCACCCAGCCAGAAAAGGGCUUGACCAGACGUGCGGCGCCAAGAAGGUAAAUUUUUGGCUGAGGGACCCACCUCCUCCUCGCUGCACCCCAGUUUAGACUAGGGGUUAAAGCCGCCUCUGGAACGGGCAGAGCCUGCUCCCUCCCUCUCCCUCCCAGGAUGGAUGCCCCAGGCCUCAGGCAGGCAACGGAAUGUUGUGUGGUUGGUUGCCCCGGCAACCAAAGCCUGCUAGGUGGCUGACUUAGAGCACAGAGCUCGCUGCCCACUGCCCUCCAUCCGAAACCCCCAGGGCCUCCGGAGCUCAUGCAAGACUCCGGGCUGGUGGAAAGAAAGCCCAGGGCAAUUGCAAGGAAGAUGGCCAAGCCCUGGGAGGAAUAUUUCCAACUGGCCUUGCAAGAGAAAAUGCCCAACCCUUCCAGGAAGAUCCCAGAUCAAAAUGUGGACCACCUCCCACCAGUGCUGCGCCUCCUGGAGAAGAGGCAGGAGCUGGUGGAUGCAGACCUGGCUCUGCAGGCCCAAAAGGAGGUGUUCCAGACCAUGAUGGCAGCGCAGAAGCAGCGCUGGGAACAGGUGGAACAGAAGGAGCGGGAGCUAAAGGGGUCUUUUGUCCGCUUUGACAAGUUCUUGCAGGACACCGAGGCCCGGCGCAGCCGCGCACUGCGGAGGGCGGCAGAAGAGCGGCUGCAGGCGAGCCGCCAGGAGGCCGAGGCGCUUCGGCUUCGGGCCCAGCUGGAGGAGCUGCUGCGGGAGCGCGCGCGGCUGCAGCGCCGGCUGGAGCGCCUGGAGCCCUGCGCGCGCCUGCUGGGCGGAGUGUUGGAGCAGCUGCCGGAGUUCCAGGAGGUCCCAGAGCUGGUGGCGCGCUUCGAUGGCCUGGCCGACAUGCAGGCGGCGCUGAGGCUCACGGAGCGCCAGCGGGUGGCCGAGCUGGAGGAGGCGCGCGCGCGGCUGCAGCGGCUGCGAGAAGCCGGGCAGGACGAGCUGCUGGGGCAGGGCCAGAGGCGAGCGCAGCUGCUGGAGCGCCUGGAGGCUGCGAGGGAGCGCACGCUACGUGGGGAAUCCAAGUGGAUUCAGAUCCAGAACACGGCGGCCGAGAAGACCCUUCUCCUGGGCCGCACUAGAAUGGCGGCGCUCAACCUCUUCCAGCUUGUGUGCCGGCACAAGAGGCAGCCCCCCGCCCUGGACAUCGAGGACACUGAAGGGCAGCUGGAGCAGGUGAAGCUGUUCAUCCUGGACCUCUCUGCCAUGCUGGCCAGUCUUCGUCAGGCCGAGCUCACACCUGCCUCCCAGCCCUGACCCAGGUGAGUGGGGGGGGUCCCCCAGAAAAGAGGUGAACAUUUCCCGCGGGGUGUGUGCUGAAUGGUCCUCACCUUGAGCUCCGAGCGAGAUGGGAGGGCCGUGCCCGCUCAGACUGCUGUGGGGAGUAAUGGAGGGGCAUACAACAAGUACUAAAUAAAUGUGGGCUAUGUCCCUCAUCCUAUCCCUCAUCCACCACAUGGCCUGGGCCAGGUCCUCCCUCCCAGGGGAGUCAUGGCAUUAAACAAGCCGAUGUGUGUCAGGUGUCUGGAAUGAAGCCCAAUGCAAAUUCUGGUAAAUUCUAGAUGAGUGUUUGGUAAGCAAAGUAAAACAGGACCAGCAAGAGGGCCACACAAGCACCCACACAUGGGGCAUCUGCUCACAAAGCUUCCUCUAUUGUGGAUCCGUGGCCUGAGAAUCCAGCUGCUGGAGGCUGCCCUUGACCUUCCCAAGACCCCACACUGGGGCUGGGGAGCCCAGGGCUUGGAGGGCAGAGGCCAGGUCAGGUUCUGACCUCUGUGGGUGUGGUGGGGCCAUGCGAACCCCUUCACAGCCAGAGGAGGAGCUGCUG